CAAAAUAUACUUUUCCUUUGAUUAUAUUGAUGUGGUAAUCAAAGGAGUAGUUGCUGUUGAAAAUGACUCCCGAUGUUGCGGAUGUGUGUUGAGGGACAAAGAGUGGAGUGGGUGUAUAAACACUUACUACAGAGGAAAACUAAAGGGGCGUGUUCUUAUUCCUUUCCCGGAAACUCUUUGGGUACAACUGACAGAGCUGUUUCAUUGCUCUCAUUGCAGCAUCAUGACUGGUAGAGGGAGAACAUGCAAGGCAAAAAGCCCUGACACUAAGUGUGCCAAGAGUCAAUCUAAACCUGAGGAAAUGAAACAUGAAUCUCCUCCCAGAUGUACGAGGAAGGACUUUAAAGAAGAGAAGCAGAAAGGCGCCACAAAGGAACAGAAACCCAAGGGGCAGAAAAAGACGAGCAGCACUGACGAAAAUCCAUCUGCACAGAGCAUCCGUAAAGAGAAGACCACAAAACAUUUCACAGAAGAGGUGAGCAAGCAGCAAAGUACACCUGCAGAUAACAAAAAGGCUCCUGUGCAAGGCAGACAAGCCGAAACAACAGAACCAGUUACAAAGUCAAAGAAGAUGCAGCCAAAGGGCACUACAGAGGAUUCUCCAAAAACCACAAAGGAAAAAAAAAUUGUCAGGAAGGAAAAAUCCCCAGAACAAUCUAGAGAGGAGAAGACGAAGGUGCAGCCGGAGGACAUCAAGACGGCAAAAACAUGCAUUGCCAAAGAGAAAAUUCCAGAGACAAAAAUGCAGCCAGUGAGACCCAAGGAGAACCCAAAGGCUGAUCGGUGUGAAGGCAAAGUGGACACUAUCCUCUCCACAACUCUGGACAAAUUAAGAAUAAAAAGUGAUGAAAAAUCAUAUACAUCCAAAGUUGUUAAUGAACUUGUAAACGCCAUACUUUCGCAUUUGAAACAGAACACUCAAUGCUUUAAAGAAGCCAAACCACUACGGACUGGGAGUUACUAUGAAAAUCUAAAGAUUUCUAAUCCGGAUGAAUUUGAUGUCAUGCUGGCCAUUCCAGUUGACCGAGUGGACGUGAGUCCGUUUGGAGAUGAUGGAGCCUUUUACAGUGUGGAGUUAAAACGUGGCAAUAGCCCUCUGAAGAGAUUUGAAGAGAGCAGCACUUUAUCCGCCAGUAAAAUGCUUGACGAGUUCAGGUUAGAAGUCAAGGAAUGUGCCAAGAAAUAUACAGGAUGGGAGGUGACAAGGAAGAAAAAAGGCUGCCCUGCAGUGACUCUGAUCAGAACAGUACAAUCGGUCACCGUCUCACUGGAUAUCGUUCUGAGCCUCGUGGUUAAAUCGAGCUGGCCAUCUUUCACCAAAGAAGGCCUUCGAAUAGAUAGCUGGCUGGGCACUAAAGUAAAGCGGGAAUACAAGUGGGAGCCAUAUUAUCUUGUACCAAAAUUUGAAGGCACAGGUACAGAAGAGAAAGACGGGGUCCUAGCCAAGGAUACUUGGAGGGUGUCAUUCUCUCAUGUUGAGAAGGCCAUACUGAAAAAUCACGGAUCGCAGAAGACAUGCUGUGAGAAAGAGGGAGAACGCUGCUGCAGGAAGGACUGUUUGAAGCUCUUGAAGCACCUUCUCAGUCUGCUGAAGGAAAAUAACUCUUCAUUUGAAAAGUUUUGUUCCUAUCACGCCAAAACCACGCUGCUCCACGCCUGCUGCUCCAGAACUAAAGACACGGACUGGAGGCCCUCGAGUCUGAGCCAGUGUUUCCGCCUGCUUCUGGAGGACUUUGUGUCCCAUCUGGAAGAGGGUAUACUCAACAACUUCUUCAUCCCAACCCAGAACCUGCUCUCCAGUCUCAGCAGGAACAAGUGCAACAGCCUGGCUCGUUGCAUCAGGGAGGAAUGCGACAAGGGCUUUCCUAUUUUCAAAUGACAACUUCACAAGAAGAGUUUGACCUGUGACUGCACCGCAGAGAGUUUGAAACAUCUUUCAACAAAGAACUGGGCAACUUAACCCCAGGGUAAUUGUUCAAGAAAGCAUAUUUGAAAUGGAAUUGUUGUAAUUAAUGCUCGUGUCUAUCACAUUGAUUUAUUUUCUCUAAACAUACCUUUUAAUAAAUGUCUAGCUUGUC